AUGGCAGACCUCGAAAGCCUGAAAAGAUCCAGAGCUGGUUACAAAGGACUUGUGACAAAGUUGUAUACAGAAGUAGAGAGAUUGCUGUGUUCAUUUGACAAUUUCGAUCUUGUUAAGCAGAAAGUACAGGAUCUCCAGAGGGCGUUUGAUCAAUUAUGUGCGGUCAACGAACAAUACAUUAGUGAAGUAGAUUCGUCCGAAGCACUUACAGUGAACGAGGAGUUUGAGACGCAACAUCGAAACAAGGCAGAGUUCGACCAGCGAAUAGAAGACUGGAUGAAACAGAGGAAUUCACCUAAAUCUGUUCGUUCUGAAAAUGGUUCAAGGAAGUCAGAUCAGAAGAAAAAGGGUGCAUUAUUAGAACUGAGACUACUACAAAGAAAACAUGAGUUAGAGAGAAGGAAACAGGAGUUAAAACAGGAAGAAGAACUUUUAGAAGUUGAGGCAAAGUUAGAAAGAGAAAGGCUGGAAGGAGAGUUAUCUGAUGAAGACGAUGAUGGCAACCGUGGCGACAUCACUAUUGCCAAGCGACCAGAUGACCGAUUCUUCGCAGGAGGGAUAAAACCAGAGCCCGAUGUACCGGCCGCCAGAUACGUAAAUACGAAUCUUGAACCCAAGAUUGAAGCCACAAGUGGCAGCACACAGCAGGUACUACAGUCAUUGGCAGCAGUCAUUGAUCUUCCUCGUCCGGAACUUUUGACCUUUGAUGGGGAUCCCAAAAAGUAUUUCAAGUUCAUCAGUAAUUUUGAGACAAGUAUUGGGAGCAGGAAUCUGGACGAUAGGAUAAAGUUGAGUUAUCUUAUUCAACAAUGCUCUGGACCAGCAAGGGACUGUAUCGAGGAUUGUGUUAUUUUGGAUCAUGGAUUUGAGCGAGCUUGUGACAUUUUGAGAAGGCGAUUUGGGAGAGCAUACAUCGUUGCAAAUGCCCAUAUCUCUGAGAUCGUUGAUGGACCUCCACUGCAAGGGAAUGAUGGGAAAGGUUUGCAGAGGGUAGCUGAUGACAUGAGAAGAUGCGAGUUGGUCUUGACGCAGAUGGGGUAUCAAGCGGACAUGAAUAAUACCGAGAAUCUUCGGAAGAUUGUACGACGGCUGCCUUUCCACAUCAGAGCAAGAUGGGUAGACAAAGCAGAUAGGUUUCUUGAAGCUGGUGUGGAGCCCAAUUUUGCUCACUUGACCGAAUUCGUAGAGGAAAGGGCCAGAGUCGCGAACACCGCUUAUGGUCAUGAUCUGAAUGCAUCCCCAGCACACAACAGUAAACCAGCUCUGAGAAAUAGUCACAGUAGCAGAAGAGGUACAUCUUUCUCUAUGCAAGGCAACAAUGUAGGACACACUGAUUAUAACAGAGUUUCAGAUUCAGGGAGAUGGAGGAACAAUAGCUGUCCCUGCUGUUCUGGUUCACAUCAGUUAUCAGCUUGCAGAGCUUUCAGCGAGAGACCCUUCGCUGAGAGGAGGAAAAUUAUGCGGGACAACAAGAUGUGUGACAACUGUUUCAGGAGAGGACACUUCGCAAAGGGGUGCAUGGAGAGAACGGCAUGUGAUGUUCAGGGUUGCAAGUGGAAGCAUCACAAAUUGCUGCAUCCGCCACCUAUGAAUAGAAAACCCGAUGAUCAAUACGGUAGUGCAAGCUCAGAUUCCAGGAACUCAAGACCAGAGAAACAGGAUUCCGCAAGUGGAAACUGUGCUUCUACUAUGGCCAACAGAGACAGCGUGUGUCUUAGAAUUGUGCCAGUUCGAGUGAAAGGUCGCGGGACUAAAGAGACUGAGGUAUAUGCUUUGUUGGACAACGGUUCAGAUAUCUCAUUGUGUACAAGUAGGCUCGCCGACCAAUUGGGAUUGCGUGGGAAACCGAAAACUUUCUCCUUGACAACGGUUUCGGACCAGAAUCACUUGCAGACAGGACGAGAAGUUUCGUUGUCUGUGAGUGGCUUGACUGCAUCGGAAAGCAUAGACAUUGAUAGAGUUUGGACGGUUAAGGACAUGUCGAUUCCCAUAUCAAGUAUUCCAAAGAAAAAGGAUGUUGAUACAUGGGGACAUCUUCAAGGGUUGAACUUGCCAAAGAUUGACAAGAAGGAAGUUUCACUUCUCAUUGGAGCCCAACGUACCAGAAGCCUUUUGGGUAUUGAAGAACGACGUGGCCGACGGAAGGAGCCAUACGCAAUCGCUCUCCGUUGGGGUGGUCGUUGA